AUGCCUCUCAUCGUCCCGACUCGCACCCAGCCCAGGGUCAUCCUGGGUCUGAUGACGUUUGGCCCGACCAAGGAGGCCGGGGCGCGCAUCACCGACACGGCGACGCUCGGCCGGGCGCUCGACGUGCUGCGGGCGCGGGGCUACGACGAGAUUGACACGGCGCGCAUCUACAUCGACGGCGCGCAAGAGGCCUUUACGCGGGAAGCCGGGUGGAAGGACCGCCACUUUACGCUGGCGACCAAGGUCACGUACCCGCAAACGCCCGGCGCCAACAAUGCCCAGGCGGUGACGGAGUCUGUGGAAAAGAGCUUGAAGGAGCUAGGCGCCGAUUGCGUGGAUGUAAGUGAGGAACUGGGUCAUCAUCCGCAUCACCAGCAUGAAAUGCUGCCUCCAACACCGCCCGGAAACGUCACUAACACGCGCGCGCAGAUCCUCUACCUCCACUGCCCCGACCGCGGCACGCCCUUUGCCGAGACGCUCGAGGCGCUCGACGCGCUGCACAAAGCAGGCAAGUUUGUGCAGCUGGGGCUGAGCAACUUUGCCGCGCACGAGGUGGCCGAGGUAGUCAUGACGUGCAAGUACAACCACUGGGUGCGGCCGACCGUGUACCAGGGCAUGUACAACUGCAUCACGCGGCACAUUGAGAAAGAGCUGUUUGUGGCCUGCCGGCGCUACGGCCUCGACAUUGUCGUGUACAACCCGCUCGCGGGCGGGCUGCUGUCGGGCAAGAUCAAGUCGCAGGACGUCGUGCCCGAGAGCGGCCGCUUCUCGGACGAGGCGGGGGUGCUGGGCGACCGGUACCGCGCGCGCUACUUCAAGGACGGCGUGUUCCGCGCGCUGCAGAUUGCCGAAGAGGCCGUCGCCAAGCACGGGCUGACGCUGAUUGAGACGGCGCUGCGGUGGUCGGUGCACCACUCGGGGCUGCGGAUGGUAGGCGGGAACGAUGGUGUGAUCUUGGGCGUGUCGAGCGUCGAGCAGCUCGAGAGCAACCUGGACAGCAUCGAAAAGGGUCCGCUGCCAGAGGACGUGGUCAAGGCACUGGACAGGGCGUGGGAGGCGGCCAAGCAGGACGCGGCGCCGUACUGGCACGGGACGCUGGAGUACUCGUACAAUACGCAGCAGGCGCUGUUUGCGCCAGGUGCCAAGUAG